AUGCUCCAGAGCCCCGGUCCCAUGCUCAGCAACGGUCUCGUCGACGGCAACAACCCCAACGGCAUCAGCAAUGGCUCUAGUGGCGCUCCACCACCCGGUAUGGGAGGCUCUUUAGCCGGUGUCGAUCUGGGUCCUUCCAUGCUCUCCGCUGCCGGUCCGCCUCCCAACGCUGGACCUACAAUGCCUGCAGGCACAGGUCCCGGCGGCACACCCACCACCGCACUCAGCGUCUACCACCUCAUCACGCAGCUCUGUCAGCGACCUGAACCCAACGCGACCAACCGCAAGCAGGGUUCCGCCUCGCCUCCUACCGCCAACAAGGCCACCAGCAUCCCCGCCGACGGCACUGCAGCCAAGAACGGCGAUGCGCAAUCGAAUCAAAGCAACGGCGACCGCGAAGGCGCCACCUCUCCCAGCGAGCUCGACAACUUGCCCGGCUCUUCGGCCCAGCGUGAGCAUGCGCUGCUAGAGCUGAGCAAGAAGCGCGAGCAGUACGAGGAUCUUGCGCUGGUGCUCUGGCACAGCUUUGGUGUCAUGUCAUCGCUGCUCCAGGAAAUCGUCUCGGUCUACCCUCUCCUGUCGCCUCCGGCUCUGACAGCACAGGCCAGCAAUCGUGUCUGCAAUGCGCUCGCUCUGCUUCAAUGCGUAGCGAGCCACAGCGAGACGCGCGGCCUGUUCUUGCAAGCGCACAUUCCGCUCUUCCUCUAUCCGUUCCUCAACACGACAUCCAAAACGCGUCCGUUCGAGUAUCUGCGUCUGACGUCGUUGGGUGUCAUCGGAGCCUUGGUCAAGCAGAACGACAACUCGGACGUCAUCACUUUCCUCCUCUCGACCGAGAUCAUCCCGCUCUGCCUGCGCAUCAUGGAGACCGGCUCGGAACUCAGCAAGACAGUCGCCAUCUUUAUCGUCCAGAAGAUCCUGUUGGACGAUAUGGGCCUGGCCUACAUCUGUCAGACGUACGAGCGCUUCUACGCCGUGGGUACCGUGCUGAGCAACAUGGUGUCGCAGAUCGUCGAGAGUCAGGCGGCAGUAUCGGGGCUAGUCCGAGCACAAGGUCGUAAAGGUUUUCGAGUAAAGCACCGCAAGCCAAAGAUAAUCCUCUUCAAGGCUGUUGCAGAAGACGUGAUCGCGAUCAGCCGGUCCCCACGUCGACAGUCGACGAAGUUUGUACAAUGUAAUCUCAUACUCUGUUUGCAGCUGGAUUCCUUUUUCUGGAAGAAGCUGUCGGACGUUUCAACUCUCAUAAUGUCAGGCUUGGUGAACGCAUCUUAG